AUGAGAAGCUAUGGUGAAGAUAUUGGUAAUCAAAGAAUUGUUCAGAAACUGUUGAUAAGCUUACCUAGAUCUUAUGAUAGUAUAGCCCCUGUGAUUGAGAAUACUAAAGAUCUAGAGAUAGUUAAUGCUCAAGAUGUGGUAGCUAUUCUAAAGGGGUAUGAACAAAGAAUUGAUAGGCAUGUUGACAAUCAAACUGAGAAGGCUUUUGCUAGUUUAAAUGUGGCUCCUACGGAUAAUAGGUAUAAUGGGAAUCAAAACUUCAAGCCUCAAAAGAAUUGGAAGUCAAAAGGCAAAAAAUGGGUUAAUAAGCCUACUAAUCAAGCUGGAAAAGCUGGUGGAACCUCUGAUGGAGCUAAGAACUCUUGUAAGUAUUGUGAUAAGCUUCACUUUGGUGAAUGUUGGUUCAAGAAUAAACCUAGAUGUCAUAAUUGCAAGAAGUUGGAUCACAUUGCUAAGGACUGUAAUGGUAAGAAGGAUAAGGGAAACCAGCAUUAUAUUGAUAGUGGUUGUAGUAACCACAUGACAGGGAAAGAAGACUUGUUAGUUGACAUUGACAAGAGCAUAACUGCGAAGGUAGAAAUGGGCACAGGGCAACUUGUUGAUGUAACUAGAAAGGGACAUUUGUUGGUUGAGACCAAGCAAGGCAAAAGAUACAUUAAGGAGGCAAGGAGUGAAGAUGACAUGAGGUGUACAUCUGGAUAUGCAUUUAGCUUUGGUUCAGGGAUAUUUUCUUGGACCUCUAUGAAGCAAUGCAGUGUAGCCUUGUCCACUGCAGAAGCAGAGUAUGCGAGUGUUGCAGAAGCCAUGGCAUAG